GCCUGAAAGCACCAAAAGGGGCGGGAAAUUUGGUACUGGUGGAGCGUUCUCGGCUGUUCCAGUAGCAGAUUGAUUAACAAAAUUGGUCAUCGACUAUAGCAGCUAGCGACACUUUUUCCAAAGUAUUGUGAAGGGAAAUGCUCGAUAUAUGGCUGAGGGAGAACUAUACAAGUUAUGUAGGUUGAUGAACCUCUGAACAUGGUAAUGUAACUUUCAAACUAGCAUAGCUUCAUCAUCACAUCACCAUUUGAUUUAGUUAACGACGUUACCGUUAACUAACGUUGGCCAGUUGGUUUGAUAUCCCAUUAUCUUUCAGCUAACUCACGUUAUAGCUUUUGCCGUUCUAUAUACAAGCUGGUAACGAGACGUCGUUAUACAAACUACAUAGUCCUUUUGGGAUUGUAUCGUUUCAAUUGUCGAUAUGGAUUCAUUUGGCUAACGUUAACCUGUCUUUCUAAACAGUUGGCUACAUUUCACUUACUUGCUCCUCGAGACUAGCUAACGUUAACUGGGAACCACUGUUUUCACGCACUUUGAUAUCGAAAUAGUACCCCCCCCCUAACAGGUUGAUACUGAUUGAGACUGAGAUUACGGCUAGAGAAACGGUUAUCUAGCGAAAAUGCUCUCCUGACCUGCUACGAAAAUCACUUUAUAUCGAAGUGCGGUGAAGAGGGUUUCCCAAAAUCUCUCGGUGUGGGGAAACGUUAGCUAAGGCAUGGUUAACUCACUAGCUAGUCUAAUUAGCAAGUACCAUAGCUAGCAAGCAAUUUGGCAUUGUCUGUAGAUAGCUAGGCUAACUAGCACAGGCCAGGGUUCUGUGUGAGCUCUGAUUCGCUUGCUAGCUAGCAGUAACAAAUACUAGAAGUUGCCUUAGCCAAAGAUAACCGGAUGAAUAUUCACGAGUGUAACUUGCUGGAACUUAAACCAAUAGAAAAUUGCACGAGCCUAACCAAACAUGAAACUUGUUGCUGGAUAACUCCACAGGUGGGCUAUGUUUGCCCUAUUCAUGUCGGUGUUUUUCAGAUCCAUCAAUCAGCAUUGGAGUAGUUGCCUACAUAGAACGUUGCUUUGCGUCACCAUGUAGCUUCGCAUGGGUGGCCUGGAACGUCGCAGGCGUUUCUGAAGACAUCUUGAAUCAGCUAAAAGAGGACACCAGGAUGAGCAAUCAAGAGAAGAUGGAAUUGGACCUUGAAAUCCCAUCUUCACUAGUUCAGAGUGAUGGACAACUGAGACGUUCCAACAGUGCCCCAAUGAUAAAUGGCCUAAGUGAACAUUCCCAGGUGUUCCAGAGUGAGAUUCUAUGCAGCAGGAGAAACAGCACCACUGUUGUCAACCGCCCUAAUAUAGUCCCUUCAUCGCCCAUUCGCGUCCCCAGCACUAGGCUUCAUCAGCUCAAACAGGAGGAAGGUGUAGAUUUGAUGAACAGAGAGACUGCCCAUGAACGGGAGGUUCAAGCAGCCAUGCAGAUGAGCCAGUCCUGGGAGGAGAGUCUGAGCCUGGUGAGAAAUGAUGAUGCUCCCAUGGUAACAAGGAGAUUUCCUCAUCCACAAACAAGCGACAAUGACUUUGAGAAAUCUGCAUCGUCGUCUCCAAAGCGGAUCGACUUUAUGCCCGUGUCCCCUGCCCCAUCCCCUACUAGAGGGAUAGGGAAAAAGCAGUGCUUCUCCCCUUCAUUGCAAAUCCUGGUGAGCAGCCAUGGCCUAUCCCCCAGCCCUAUACCUAGCCCAACGAGACGCUUCAGCCGGCGGAGCCAAAGCCCCAUUCACUGCAUCAGGCCCAGCAUCCUGGGGCCCAUCAAACGUAAAGGUGAGAUGAUGGAGACUGAGAGCCAGCCAAAGAGGCUCUUCCAGGGGACCACCACAAUUCUGUCCUCUGAUGUACUUGUGCCCCAAGUCCAACUGCCAGACUUCACCUCCUGUCUCUCUCCGCUGGACGGCAGCCUUAGCAGUGUGGGUUCUUCCACUGGCUCGCCAUCUAAGAUGGAGGGCAUCUCUGAGUCUCCUUCCUCCAGCAACUCUCCCUUCAACCCCCUCCAGGACCACUCCCCAAAAUGAACAAGGGAACAUGAGACUCUAAACAAGAGUGAAGGCAUGAAAGCCACCUCAACUGUAUGACCCCCCCCCCCAUCACUUUGCUUUAGCUAAUGUGGGAAUCCCUUCCCAUGCUGUUUGCUUUUGCUAGACUGUUUGCUAGGGGUGGAGAAUCAUGGUGUUUGCAUUGAAAGGAAACCAAAGCCCUGGAUGUGAGCUGUGGACACACCAUGCUGUAGUAGACUACAUGGUGCUGCUUAGCCCCACAGUGACCAGAACAGCCAAGUUGUCUACCCUGCAUCACAUCACUGUCAGCUUCCAGCCCCAUCCCCUACUUCCUUUUCCAGCUUCACACUGGAGAGACUGAACACUGGAUGGAGAAAGUUGCUCACUAAGUCAGUUUUCCUUAUAGAAAACUAAUUCUCCAGGUGUUUUUGGUGUGCACAAAACUGUCUGCAGGUCUUGUAUGAAUGAAGGGAUAUAACUUGUUGUUCCCGUUUUGUAAGUAUGUAUAUAAUUUUUCAUGUCAAUGUUUUAUGUUUGAUUGGCUGAGUGAUGACUGCAGGCGCACAGGGCUUCAAAAGUGAACUGACAAUUCUCUCGAGGGGAUUGGAAAUGUUCUUAUUACUUGUCAUUAUACGUAAAGAACAGUUUUCAGUUUAUCCUCAGUAGUCCCCAAGAUGUGGGGUAUCCUUCUGGUUAAUUUUCUAAAUUUGGCACUUAAUCUGGCCCCCCUCUGGUAUUAGUUAACUACAGUUGCCAGUGUUUUGGGUCAUGUCUACCCAUCCCUGCAGAUUUUACCAGGAAGGGAAGUAAGCGGGGGGCACACAGACUGGGGUCUCUGAGUCCUACUGCCUGGAUAUAUCUGUAGACCUGCAGGAUGUGCAACAAAAUUUAGUUUUUACUUCUGAAGAUUUUAGGAAAAUAAUUGUGUUCUUGUUUUGAAGCCACUUUGUAAAUGUAACUGACUUUUUUUAGGCUACAUUAUUGCAGUUUAUACUGAACAUUAGAAUAGCUCACCCUAUUCUCAAUACUCUGCAAUUAAAUCAAUAGAUUGGUUUAGGAUGAGCAUACUGAGGUAGAGGACAGAACAUGGUGCCAUUUCAAAAGGGAUUCAGUGAGUGGGCUUAUGUUGACCACAGUAGACCGACAUUUGUCCGAAAAGCUUUGUGCAGAAUGUGUCACUGGAUUGGUUGGUUAUGAAUAACAUUUGUAAUGAACAUAAGCAAUACCAAAGAGUUAUCAGGGGAACUGUGAAGGCACACUUCAGUUAUACCCUGAUUCACAUUCAUUUUAAGGCCGCUGUAAAACAUUUGGGUUAAGUCAUUUCAGUUCAACUCUUACAUUUGAUAUUUUCCCUCGUUCAGGGUAUGGCGUCUUUACAAAGGGAGGGGGAGACUUCAUGUACAAAAGUGAUUAUACAUUUUCAUUGAUAUAUGUAAAUGAAACAGUGUUAUGAAUAGUGUAUAUCUUUAAAGAAACUGCAAGCUGGUCGAUCAGGUAUGCUUGCACUGCUGUCAAUGUAAUUGGUUUAGCAAUUGUGUUUUUUUGGGGGGGGGGGGCUAGGGCAUGAGAUCGGCAAAAUAAAUUAAGUGUAUAUGGGUGGGUCGUAGACUUGUUAGACUGCUUGCCAAAGUUUUGAACAAGGGUAAAUAAAUUGUCUAUUUCCAUUCAAUGA